UAAAGCCUCACCAAACCCAAACCCCUCACUCACUAUUUUCACAUUUCUCAUCUGUACACCUCUCUCGAUCUCAAUUUCUGCAAUGGCUGACAAGAAGAUUAAGAUCGGAAUCAACGGUUUCGGAAGAAUCGGUCGUUUGGUUGCUAGAGUUGUUCUUCAGAGGGAUGAUGUUGAACUCGUCGCUGUUAACGAUCCGUUCAUCACCACCGAGUACAUGACAUACAUGUUUAAGUAUGACAGUGUUCACGGUCAGUGGAAGCACCAUGAACUUAAGAUCAAGGAUGACAAGACUCUUCUCUUUGGUGAGAAGCCAGUCACUGUUUUCGGCAUCAGGAACCCUGAGGAGAUCCCAUGGGGUGAGGCUGGAGCUGACUUUGUUGUUGAGUCUACUGGUGUCUUCACUGACAAGGACAAGGCUGCUGCUCACUUGAAGGGUGGUGCCAAGAAGGUUGUCAUCUCUGCCCCAAGCAAAGAUGCUCCCAUGUUUGUUGUUGGUGUCAACGAGCAUGAGUACAAGUCUGAUCUUGACAUUGUUUCCAACGCUAGUUGCACCACUAACUGCCUUGCUCCACUUGCCAAGGUUAUCAAUGACAGGUUUGGAAUUGUUGAGGGACUCAUGACCACUGUCCACUCUAUCACUGCUACACAGAAGACUGUUGAUGGUCCAUCGAUGAAGGACUGGAGAGGUGGAAGAGCUGCUUCCUUCAACAUUAUUCCUAGCAGCACUGGUGCCGCCAAGGCUGUUGGCAAAGUGUUGCCAUCCCUCAAUGGAAAAUUGACUGGAAUGUCUUUCCGUGUUCCAACCGUUGAUGUCUCAGUUGUUGAUCUCACCGUUAGACUUGAGAAAGCUGCAACAUACGACGAAAUCAAGAAGGCCAUCAAGGAAGAAUCUGAAGGCAAAAUGAAGGGAAUUUUGGGAUACACUGAAGAUGAUGUUGUGUCUACCGACUUUGUCGGUGACAACAGGUCAAGCAUAUUCGAUGCCAAGGCAGGGAUUGCAUUGAGCGACAAGUUUGUCAAGUUGGUGUCAUGGUACGACAACGAGUGGGGUUACAGUUCUCGUGUGGUGGACCUUAUCGUUCACAUGUCGAAAGCCUAAGUUGACGCCAGAGAAGAGUUCGUGUGUGUUGAGUCGUUUCUAAAUAAAAAUGGGAAAAGGGAAAAAAACACUCUGGAUUGUCCAAAAAGAGUUUGGUUUAAUGUUCCUAUGUUUUUUCACUGAUUUCAUGCUCAGUCAUGAGAAUUUGUAGCAUCUUUUUUUGCUUUCUCUUAAUGUUUCUUGCUUUUUAGCCAAAUGGGUUUCUUCACUGAAAAUACUGUUCUGGUUAUUAUGUUAGUUUGCGUUUAGUUAUGGUUUCUUU